CAUCAAGGUGAUACGCCUUUCUCUCUCGCGUUGCCUUUGCAGGUUUAGUCGCGUGACUUUUAUCGGGAUUCGCGUGCCCGCUGCUAAAAAGCGGCUGGCCCUACCUGAAUACCGUGUUGUGUGCGCACGUUGUAGUGACCCGUAACUAGCGCUUUUGUGAGAUCCAUCUUGGGAUUAAAAAAUACAUAGUUAGCGCCGAAUGAUCGCUAGUGUUCCGAGCGUUGCACCGUCCCUGCCUCUGAACGGAACGGCAGAUCGGCCCAUGACUUUAACCGACGAAGAUAUGACGGUCGCUACUACUACCGAGCCCGCCGGAACUGAGAUGCUCGUCUUUGACGCCGCGGGCAAGCACCAUCGCAGGAGACGUCGCGGAAAGAAGCGCCGUCAAGGCCGGGACGACCCGGACGCCGCGCUGUCAUCGUCGGAUGCCUCUAGUCCCGUCAAGCGCAGUCCAACCAAGCAACGCAAGAAGCAGGUCAUGAUUCGUCCCCGCGAAGUGCCCAAGGCUCCGGCAAAUUUCACGCAGUUCAUCAUAGACGAUCACGAGAACUGUGCACUCUACCAAAGCUUCGAGGCCUACCCCAAUAACAACGGCGUUGCCGAGAACGGUGGCUGUGCGAUCGCAGCAGACGAUGCUCGCGUAGCAGACGACGCUCGGGCGUCGUCUGGUGAUGACCACUACCAUCACCACUACGGCACUCACGUUGACGACUCCGGCGAAGAAGGGCAGCCGCAGUCGGGCUUUCCGACCGGCGAAGACUACGAGUACCUCGACUACGGCAACAUGAUGCAGUUUUACGAGAAGGACUUCGAGGUUGUGUACAGGAGCGCGAGGUUCGAGGAACUGAUGCGGCUGACGCGAGCAGAAGUGAUCGACAGGUACACGACGCUAGAGUGCCGCGCCGCCGAACUGUACGACGAACUGCACAAGUUGGACCCGCAGAACUGCCUCGAGGAGCUUCAGCGGCAGCUCCUGCGGUUGCAGGACGAGAACCAGGCGCUGCUGAAGCUUAACGUAACGCUACGCUCGGCGGCGACUUCCAGUUUGACCACCACGACGUCAUCAUCGUCGUCUGGCCACGACGACGAAGAUGCAGACGACAGCGACCAGUGCGACGCUCAUCGGGACGAGAGCUGUGGCAAUGAGGACGAUUCUGAAGACAGUGGUCACGAGGACAGCUUUGAGGACGCUCAAGGUGCUGAAGAGGAUUGUUGCCGACCCUAGUUGGCGUUUUUUUGAGGGUCCGCGAACGUCCGCUGUAGAUAACAGCUUUGCCCCCUCCACAAGACGGGGAGAGCCCCUUUUUUUUGUAUAUUAUUUAAGCAUUUUUUUUUUCUGUUUUGACUGCUGCUGUUCUUUUUUGGCAGUCGGCGGUAAGCGUUAACCGCUAUCCCGGUCUAGUCUCUGUACAUACGUUUUUUUUUUUUCUUCGGCAGCUCGUCGGAGAUGCUGCAUCGCUCAUUAAAGAGAGAAAACAAUGAAGCGAGAAAAAAAAAUGCGGUGAAAAAAAAAGAGAGAAAAAAAAAACGUGGACCAAAUCGCCACCAAAACAGCA